GAUAUUCCAAUCGAUAAAAAAAGGUUACACCUAAAUAUCACUAGCAGAAAUCGAGGCUAAUCAUAUUUUUGACAGUCCAUUAUUUUUUUGUACGUUUAUAUAUCUGGAUUCAUGGCUACCACUGGAUCUGGAACCGAAAUAUAUGUCGAGACGAGUCACGAAACUCUCUCUACUCUGGAUGAGCCAGUCACUCAAACCCUCCUCCGUGAUGUAAGGGCUAUAUGGCGCAAGCUGGUUGUGGUAGUGUGCCCGCCUUUGAGCAAUGAUCGUGAGCUACGGGACUGGGAUCUAUGGGGCCCGCUCAUUCUCUGCCUCAUUCUGGCAAUCACCCUAGCUACCUCAGCUCCAGAAAAUAUGACCGGAGUCAUUUUUUCCGCUGUCUUUGUUUUAGUUUGGAUCGGAUCUGCGGUCGUAACGCUUAACGCAAAGUUUCUUGGCAGUACGAUAUCCUUCUUUCAAACCGUCUGCGUGAUGGGCUACUGCAUUGCACCGAUUUGUGUUGGUGCUCUCAUUGACAUCAUUAUUCCACCCUUCUGGCUCAAGCUCCUUAUUUCUGUUUUUGUGUGGGUGUGGGCGUGUUGGGCCUCUCUUCGAUUCUUUAGAGGCACAACAAAACCCGAGAAGGAGAUGCUCGUCCUAUACCCUGUGGCUCUUUUCUACUUUUUUAUAACAUGGAUGGUAGUGAUGGGGGUGUAGUGGUAAAGGAGAUUAAUCCGCAUGAAUAGUGGAUGCAUUAUAUACUCUUCAUAGCGGCGAAAUUUUAUAUCUAGUAGUGAGAUGCCUUCCUGAGAGUAAAUUAAUCUCGUUUUGUGCAUGUGGCGUGAACACCCCUUUUUUUCGUUCUAUCAAAGAUAUUGUGAUGAGGCUAAGGCUAACAAUCGUGAAAAUAGAUUGUUUUCAGAGUAUGUUUAUGUUAUCCUCUUGUUUCUUUAUAUAAUUUGUAUCGCUUGCUUUUUAACCGUUUGGUAAUAUGGAUUUGAUUUCUCUCUUGUGAACAAAUGCAAAGAUGAUGUCAAUAAAAAAAAAAUGUUUGACGAAAAUGGCACAUAUCAUAUUACAGCCUAGAAUUGAGUCGAAUUCGUUAAAUGUUUGUAGUCGAAAUGCUUGAGAGUUGGUGUAGCUAUUCAGAGAGUGCUGGCCAGUAAAAAAGCUUUUAUAAAGCGGUAUCCUUUAUAUGAUCUUUUCCUUCUUAGAGUGAAAAAUUCACAGUGAGGAUCACAAAAAGAAAAACAUUUUGCUUCUCCCUCUUUGGUUUAUAUUCGAAGGGAAAUUAUUCAGAGGAAUGAGCUUCUGCAGGUUCACUUGUUUUGGUUAGCAUGUGAGACAUCAGGAUGUCAUCCGCUCAAUUAUCGGGGAUUGGCUCGUGAAUUUAGGUUUGAAUAUAUAUACACAUACGUGCAGUAAUGUGAUGUUAUUUCACACACAAAAUGAAUGAUACUUUCAUGAUGAUUAUGUGGUGCCAUCUUUGCACACAACGUUCUGAAGUCUCAUCAUCUGUGGUUUCAGCUCGGGCGAAUACAGACGAAAUGUGUCCUGAUAAACCUUGUCAAACCCAACAAAACGCAUUGCAGUUAGUUUAAACGACCAAAAAAACUUUCUAUGUGGGACAUUACAUAUCCUAUGAUACUGAUAGAUCAUUAAAAGUGGUUUUGCACCAUUGGGUACUUCAUUCAUCAGGUGAAGAUGAGGAGGAGGUCGUAAGCACACGGAUGCAUCACGUUUUGACAAAGUUACUCCUCAGAAUGCACAACAUGCUCGUUCUUCCAAUUUACUGAACGGCGGUGCUGUAGAAAAUGCCUUCAAUUCAGUUUUUAUAUUCACAGGAAUGGGAUACGCCAGCUCUUUGCUAUAAGGGUCCUUCUAUCACGAAUUUUAGUGUCGGUCAGCGUCAGCUGCUGUGCAUGGCGCGUGCGGUACUGAAGAAGAACAGCAGGUUUAUUCUGAUGGACGAGGCCACCGCGAAUGUCGACCCGGAGAUGGAUCAAUAUAUCCAGGGCACAGUGAUGAGGACAUUCGCGACGUACACUGUGAUCACGAUUGCUCACCGGUUGCAAACGGUUGCACAGUAUGACAAGAUCAUCGUAAUGUAAAAUGGCAGAGCGGCGGAAAUAGGUAGUCCGUAGGAUGCUGAAGGUGCAAAGCCAGUAGGUGUUGUGCAGGAUUUAUCAUUCUUUAUAUUUUAUAUUGUGUUAGUAAUCGUUUAUUAUAAUAAUUUACUGUUGCAUUCUAAUGUUCUUUCGUUAUAGGACGGUUAAUUACAACCUGGGGUGCCAUUUUUGCGAAGAGAUCUUUAUUGUAUCCCUCGCGAUUCGUGUCACAUGUUGAA